AGGGAAAGAUAAGGAGAAUUUAGUUAGCAAAAAAGUAGUUUUCUUUUUCAACAUGAAUCCCGUCGAAAACAUCCGCCAAGCUACGGUAGAUGCGAUCCCCACGAAUAUUUAUAACUGCACUCAGUCGGACUGCGGAGCCACGUUUACGCGGGAAUGGCGGCUGAAAGAGCACUUGGCCGCGCACACCGGAGAGAAGCCUCAGGUGUGUGACGUGGCGGAGUGCGGGCGCCGAUUCACCCGCAAGUCUCACCUGCAGCGUCACAAGCUGACGCACAGCGGCCAAAAGCAGUUCAGGUGUACCUACGUGAGUUGCAGCCAGACAUUUGUAACGCGGGAUAGUCUGAAGAGACACAUCAAAUACGCCCACGGCGUCAAGGACUGUUACUACAAGUGCCCACAGCAAAGCUGCCUGAAGACCUUCAAGAAACGCAAAGCCUACAAGACUCAUCUCAAUGAACAUGCAGUUACCUGCUCGUUCCAGUGUCAGCAGGCGGGCUGUGGGAGGAAGUUUGAAACGUGUGCCGCACGCAAAGCCCAUGAGAAGACCCACAAAGGGUAUGCCUGCAAGGUUCCUGCCUGCCAGACUGUUGCUGCUACCUGGAGCAAGCUGCAAAAGCACAUGCUGAAGCACCCAGCUACUUUCUCCUGCACCGUGUGUCAGAAGAAAUUCACAAAGCGCGGGACCCUGCGGAGGCAUCGCCGCUGCCAUGGCCUGCCCAAGCCGGUACUGCGGUGCCCCAGCGAGGGUUGCCAGGCCUCCUUCUCCACCAGCUUCAACCUGCAGCAUCACAUCCGCAAGGUGCACCUGCAGCUGCUCCAGUACCACUGCUACUAUCCCGACUGCACCAAGGCCUUUGCGAUGAGGGAGAGCCUGGCCAGACAUGUUGUUCAUCAUGACCCAGACAGGCAGAAGCUCCAGUUGCAGGUGGCGCGCCAGUGCCCCAGUAAGAUCUGGCAGAAGCGGCUGAGAGGGGGCCGCGGGCGCAGGACCCCCGUGAUUGAGGAGGACCUGCGGCAGCUCUUCAGCCUGAAGCUGCGGUUCCGCCGGCGAGGCAAGGUGGAGUGCGACCUGAGAGGCCUGUUCAACGAGCGCAAGAGCCUGCGCUACGUGCAGCAGGAGGUCAGUCUGAAGGAGCUGUUUGAGCAGCGCCCCCCGCGACGCACAGAGAAGAACCCUGCAGGGGGCAGAACUGAGCACCCUACACCGGUGUCGAAGGGCCCAUGAUUGUCAUCCUGUUAUAGUAAUGUUUUUUUUUUUGUUUUGUCAGUUGUGCCUGCUAAUUUGUUUUAUUUAUGCACUUUGAAAAUGUAAUAGAUUUGUGGAUUCAGAGCAGGCGUUCUAACCUCAGUUAUUAUGAACUUGUCAUGUGGAUGCUAGAUCAACUGAUUCUAUACAAUUGUAGUAAUAGAAAAGUGAAGUACAGAUUUGACUUGCUAUAAAUCUUGUGUUUUUGGGUGGGGGGUGGUCUGUUUUGUUUGUAACCAGUGAGGAGCAGGCAUGAGACUCUUCUUGUUUUUGAAUCUUGGGUUUGUUUUAUUUAAGAUGGUGUUGAACUGUCUGUAGUGUUCAUGCUUGAAGCUGUGUGAAGUGGUUUUUUUUUUUUUUUUUUUUUUUUGUUUUGUAUGUUCUCUCCAUUUUAUUUCAUUUUGGGAGCUGAAUUCACCCCCAAUAAAAUGUUUCUGCCCUGUGUGCUGUUGUAGAUGUCCUUCCUGCACACUGACGACCGUGUUUUAUAUAAUAGUCAUAGUUCAAAAUCCAUGACAAUUCUAUCCACGGCAUGAUGUUAUCCAAUGCAUGUGUAUUUUUAUAGAAAUUUCAGAUGAAUUUUGGAGGCAACACUAGAUAAAAUAUUG